AUGGACUACGCAUACGCUGCCCUCGAUCGAGGCAUCAUCCCGGACUUUGCGUUGCGCCGAGCCAUUCGAGCCCUCAACCAGCAGCGCAUCGCGAGCCUCUCUACGGGCACCUUUGGCGGCGACGUCGAGAAGAAGAAUGCCUACAUCGAGAGCCUCAAGACAAACGAGAUCGCGAUCGAGACGGACACCGCCAACAAGCAGCACUAUGAGGUAGACACCGAUUUCAUGCUCUCCUGCUUAGGCAAGAGGGCAAAGUACUCUUGCUGCCUCUACGAGACGGGCAAGGAGACCCUCGAUGAGGCAGAGGAAGCCAUGCUUGCCUCGUAUUGCGAGAAGGCGCAGCUGGUCGACGGGCAGGACAUCCUCGAUCUGGGAUGCGGAUGGGGAAGUCUGUGCCUCUACUUGGCUGAGAAGUACCCGGGGAGCAGAGUGAAGGCAUUAUCGAACAGCAAGACGCAGAAGCUGUACAUCGACCAAACGGCCAAGGAGAGGGGGCUCAAGAACCUCGAGGUCUUCACCGGAGACGUCAAGCUGUAUGACUUUCCUGCCAAUUUGCGCUUCGACCGCAUCCUCAGCAUCGAGAUGUUCGAGCACAUGAAAAACUACUCCCUCCUCUUCUCCAAAGUCUCUACCUGGCUGCGGGACUCCUCCUCUCUCCUCUUCAUCCACAUCUUCUGCCACCGCACCAUGCCCUAUCACUUCGAGCAAGAUGACGGCUGGAUGGCUCAAAACUUCUUCAGCGGCGGUACCAUGCCUUGUCACGACUUGUUCCUGCACUUCCAACAAGAUGUGGUGCUGGAACGCCUCUGGUGGGUCAACGGAAGGCACUACGCUCAGACUUGUGAGGACUGGCUGAAGAAGCAGGACAAGAACAACAUGGGCGGAAAGGCGGUUCAGGCGCUGAGGGAGGACGCGGUGAAGAAAGGGAGCGAAGCAAUCGAGGGGGAGAAGACGUUCUAUCGCUUCAGAGUGUUCUACUUGGCGUGCGCUGAAUUCUUUGCCACGAACAAGGGAGAAGAAUGGGGCGUGGGUCACUACCUCUUCCGCAAGAGGGCUUGAGGCGAUGCUCUCAUGCGCGCAUACAGACUUGACAAUUAGGCAUUAAUCAUUAGCAUUAAAGAGGUUUUGACGCCGCUAUUGGUGCGAGGCUUUCGACGCUCUCGUGUAUAGAAUAGGGUGAGUAGUGGGGGAGCCAACGGAGGCGGGAGCUGUAUUUACGUGCGUUUGGCUCAGUAUCGUGUACGGGAACCGAAUAUCAACAAUUGCGGCGAGACGCUGUGGCUCGGGUCAAUCUCCAACACGCCUUAGACCUGAGGUGCAUUGC